AUGCAAGCGAACAGCAGCCGCUCCAACUUAAGCGCACAAUCCUCGGGCACGCCGUCGGCCUCAACGAUCUCCUCGUCCCAGGGCAAGCAACAAGUUGUCGAACUAUCGGGCUAUGUCAUCAUACUCGUCGAAAAUGUGGAGGGUAAAAUUAAACUAUACGGCUCACCGCCCGAUCGCGAUAAUCUGGAAGUGGGCGAUGAGAUACUCGAGGUCAAUGGCCUGACCCUGGAGAAUAUAUCGCGCACGGAGGUCAUUCGCCACAUACACGACUGCAUCAAAUCCUGCACCAUUUGUCUGCGUGUGCGAAAGAAGAAUGAUUCACGACUGGCCUGGGAUAUUGGCAAUUCGGUGCAGGACGCCUUCGUCAUCGCCGUCGAGGAGCACGCCCGCGAACGUCUGCAGAGAUUGGCGGCCUUGAACCGGGUCACGCCCGUCGACAUUACCCAGCUGUCCAAAAAGCUGCAGCAAACGAAGAGCGGCACGGCGACAAGUCAGCGCCAGGACCUCAGCUUCCUGAACGAGUCGACGCCCAUCUAUGUGACGUCCUUCACGAGCAACCAGAUCACCUGCAGCAGUUCCACGAUGACGACGGCCACCGCCGGCGGGCCGAUCAGCGCACCAUCGCUGGCCACGGCCACCACCACCGUGCCGACGGCAUCCUCCCACACCACCACGGUGGUGGCCCAGAUCGAGCACGGGGCAUCUGCGCUGGUCAGUGCCGCCGUGGCAGCAGCCACUGCGGCGGAUCGGAAUGCCAAUAGCACCACAUCGGCGGCCCUGAAGCAGACGGCCAACUGCAUUGGCAGCACCACCAGCCAGUCGGCCAGCAGUGCCAUGGGGCAAAUCUACCAGACCAGCCAGGCGCAGCAGCAGCAGUUGCAACAGUUGCAGCAGCAACUUGCGGCAGCAGCAGCGGCGGGGAAGCCGCUGCAGGCCAAGUCCCUCUUGGCCAGCAGCCUGCAACAUCUGGCCGAGGAGGUGGACAACGAGGAUCUGGACGAUGAUGACGACGUGGAUGGCGCCAACUAUUGUGGCAUAACCUAUAUUAGCUACAACAACAAGCAUGCCCAGCUGCCGACGACAACACUGCCGGCGGCCACCGCGUUGCCAGCGGCAGCUGCAUCACUGGCCACCACGGCGGCGAUUUACCAGCAGAGGCAGCAGCAGCAGCAACAGCAGCAGCAGCAGCAGCAGGUGCACCACCACAACCACCCACCAACGACGAGCCAACUCAAUCGACCCACAGCACCGGCGCCGCUGCAACUUGGAGGUCCUGUCAAUCCCAGCUUCGUGGACGCCCAGACAUCCACAUCGCCGCUGAUGGGACACUAUCAGCAGCAGCAGCACCAGGAUGUGGAUGCAGCAGCGCCCUCGUCGUCAUCAUCAUCGGCGGUGGUGGUGGAACGGCAUGUGCAUGGCACCACCACGCCCAAAACGGAGUACUCCACGGCCAUAUCGAGUGGCCAGUUGCAGCAGGCCUUUGCCGAAUUGCAGCUGCACUCGAGCAACAAUAAUGCAACACAGCAGCAGCAACAGCAACAGCAGCAACAUUUACUUUUAAGCAACAACAAUAAUAGCAAUAAUUCAAUGGCAGCGGCACAGACAACUGCAUCUCUGAUGAAGAAUUGUGAUCUACUGAUAUCGAACAAUCUGUAUCCACCGAGAAGAGAGUUACUACAAGACGUCAUAGUCCAUCAGGGCAGUGAUGUGCAUUCAUACAGCACGAGUGCAUCAGCAGCGAUCGCCAGCAGCAGCAACAGAUCACAGCAGCAGCACCAGUUGCUGAGUGCCGCCUACGAGUUGCAGCAGCAACAGCAGCAGUUGCAACUGCAGCACCAGCAGCAGCAGCAGCACAGUCCCACAAGUAGCAUAUCAAUUGGAAGAACUGAACUUUUACUGGGCGAUCAGAGUUUGCGGCAGGAUCCCAGGGGGAAUCGCCGGCGCUCCGGAUCGAGCAUUGUUGUGCUGGAUGGCGACGAUUUGAAGCCAUGUCUGCCGGAUGACUACAUAAGCGGCCAGCACCAUCUGAACCACCAGCAGCAGCUGCAACUACAGCAGCAGCUGCAGCAGCAGCAUCCGCUCCAGCAGCAACACUAUCGCACGCACUCGGGCGACAUCAGGGAGAUUGACCAGGAAAUGCUGACCAUGCUGUCCGUGAACCAAGAUAACGGUCCACACCGUGAGAUGGCCGUCGAUUGUCCGGAGACGUUCAUCGCACGCAACAAGACGCCACCCCGAUAUCCGCCACCCCGUCCACCACAGAAGCAACACCAAGUGACAACCGCAGUGGCAGCAACACAGGUGGCACAACAGCAGACGCCCAGCCACAAGUUGCAGGCGACAUUGAGCAGCGAUCCGAACGGCAACAGCAACAGCAACACCGUUGGCAGCAGCAGCAGCAACAACAGCAGCAUCACGGACGACUUCCUGUGCGUUGUGGAUGGGCUGUAUCAGGGACGCAAGGACUCGGCCUCGCCCUCAUCGAGUGCCUUCGAUGAGGUGAUGAGCAAACACACCCUGGACUCCUUCGGCAGCAUCGCCUAUCGUCACCUGCACCAGCAACACCAGGCGACGAGCAACGGCAACAGCAGCAACACGAGCAACACCAACAGCAAUGGCAACACGAGCAACAGCACAGCUGUUUCGACCAAAGCACCAGCGGUAGCCAAAACAGGUGCGAGCAGCGGCAACAGCAACAGCAACUCGCUGAACAGCAGCAACAGCUCGAUGCACACCAGCAGCAGCAGCAGCGGGCACAGCAGCAACAUAGCCAGUGCCACAUCAUCAUCCUCCUCCGCCACCAGCAGCUCAACGGUGCCCGAUGACCUGAGCCUGGCGCCGCCCGGCUACGAGGUGAGCCAGCAGCAACAGCAGCAGCAACAUUUGGUUGCAGCUCCCGUGGCAAUGUUGCUGCCACCGCUGGCCAAGCAUCGCGAGUUGCCCGUGGACGUGCCGGACAGCUUUAUCGAGAUGGUCAAGACUACGCCAAGAUAUCCGCCACCAGCUCACCUCUCCUCGCGCGGAUCGCUGUUGUCGAACGGCAGCGCCUCCACCGCCCACACCACGCUCUCCUCGAUGGGCGUGUCGCAUUCGCCUGUCACUGCAACAGCAGCAACAGCAGCUGCAACAGCAGCAGCAACAGCAGCAGCAACAUCAACGACAUCAGCAUGUGCAGCCACUGCUGUUGCUGCUGCUGCUGCGGUUUCUGGCGUUGCUGACGGCGAUGCGAAGCGGGUGGCCGAUGAGCUCAAUGGGAACGCCAAGCCCGUACCACCGCCACGUGAUCAUCUGCGGGUGGAGAAGGACGGGCGGCUGGUCAACUGCUCCCCCGCACCUCAGCUUCCGGAUCGCAGGGGGCCGGGGAAUGGGAGCAGCGGGAGCAGCAGUGGCGCAACAACGCAUCCGCUGCAGCACCAGCAGAUCGCCCAGAUUGUGGAGCCCACUUUGGAGCAGCUGGACAGCAUCAAGAAGUACCAGGAGCAAUUGCGCCGACGACGCGAAGAGGAGGAGCGCAUAGCGCAGCAAAAUGAAUUCCUGCGGAAUAGUCUUCGUGGCUCCCGGAAGCUGAAGGCGCUCCAGGAUACGGCCACGCCCGGAAAAGCGGUUGCCCAGCAGCAACAGCAGGCAACGGUGGCCACCCAGGUGGUUGGCGUGGAGAAUGAGGCAUAUCUGCCCGACGAGGACCAGCCGCAGGCGGAACAGAUUGAUGGCUAUGGCGAGCUGAUAGCGGCCCUCACCCGCCUGCAAAACCAGCUGAGCAAGAGCGGACUGAGCACGCUGGCGGGUCGAGUUUCGGCUGCUCACAGUGUCCUGGCCAGCGCCAGUGUGGCCCAUGUCCUGGCCGCUCGCACCGCAGUCCUCCAGCGACGACGUUCCCGCGUCUCUGGUCCACUACAUCACAGUGCCCUGGGAUUGCAGAAGGAUAUCGUGGAGCUGCUCACGCAAUCGAAUACUGCAGCGGCCAUUGAGCUGGGCAACCUGCUGACCAGCCAUGAAAUGGAGGGUCUGCUCCUGGCCCACGAUCGCAUUGCCAAUCACACGGAUGGCACGCCCUCGCCUACCCACUCGCCCAUUCCGGCAGUUGGAGUGGCGACGGGAUCCACAAUCAGCAGUCCGGUGGCUGGGCCCAAGCGAAACCUAGGUAUGGUGGUGCCACCGCCCGUCGUCCCACCCCCACUGGCGCAACGUGGAGCAAUGCCACUGCCGCGGGGGGAGUCGCCACCACCGGUUCCCAUGCCACCACUGUCCACAAUACCCUUGUCCAUGCCCGUCAAUCUGCCAAUGAGUGCGUGCUUUGGCACGCUAAACGAUCAGAACGACAACAUCCGGAUCAUCCAGAUCGAGAAGUCCACGGAGCCGUUGGGCGCCACGGUACGCAACGAGGGUGAGGCGGUGGUCAUCGGCAGGAUUGUGCGUGGUGGAGCGGCGGAGAAGUCGGGACUGCUGCACGAAGGCGACGAGAUCCUGGAGGUCAACGGUCAGGAGUUGCGUGGCAAGACGGUGAACGAGGUGUGCGCCCUUUUGGGCGCCAUGCAGGGCACCCUGACCUUCCUGAUCGUUCCCGCGGGUAGUCCGCCGUCCGGCGGCGUAAUGGGCGGAACUACGGGCAGCCAACUGGCCGGACUGGGUGGAGCACACCGCGACACCGCCGUUUUGCACGUCCGGGCGCACUUCGACUACGAUCCAGAGGACGAUCUGUAUAUACCCUGCCGGGAGCUGGGCAUCAGCUUCCAGAAGGGCGAUGUGCUGCACGUGAUCAGCCGCGAGGAUCCCAACUGGUGGCAGGCGUAUCGCGAGGGCGAGGAAGACCAAACGCUGGCUGGUCUUAUUCCUAGUCAGUCGUUCCAGCAUCAGCGCGAGACCAUGAAGCUGGCCAUUGCGGAGGAGGCGGGACUGGCCCGGUCCCGCGGGAAGGACGGAUCAGGCAGCAAAGGAGCCACACUCCUAUGUGCGCGCAAGGGUCGCAAAAAGAAGAAGAAGGCCAGCUCCGAGGCGGGAUAUCCCUUGUACGCCACCACGGCGCCGGAUGAAACAGAUCCGGAGGAGAUACUCACCUACGAGGAGGUGGCUUUGUACUAUCCCCGCGCUACCCACAAGCGGCCCAUUGUCCUCAUCGGACCGCCCAACAUCGGAAGACAUGAGUUGCGCCAACGCCUGAUGGCCGACUCGGAGCGUUUCUCCGCCGCAGUGCCACUCUUCUACUUGCUGGAGGAGCGGCUCAAACCGGCCAAGAUCAAGGCUCAGGUCAAGGAUACAUCACGAGCCCGCAGGGAGGGCGAAGUGCCCGGAGUGGACUACCACUUCAUCACGAGACAAGCCUUCGAGGCGGAUAUUCUGGCGCGCCGCUUUGUGGAGCACGGUGAAUACGAGAAGGCCUACUACGGCACAUCACUGGAGGCCAUACGCACGGUGGUGGCCAGCGGCAAGAUCUGUGUGCUCAACCUGCAUCCGCAGAGCCUCAAGCUGCUGCGCGCCUCUGACCUCAAGCCGUAUGUGGUGCUGGUGGCGCCGCCCAGCUUGGACAAGCUGCGCCAAAAGAAGCUACGCAACGGUGAACCCUUCAAGGAGGAAGAGCUCAAAGACAUCAUUGCCACGGCCAGGGAUAUGGAGGCCCGUUGGGGUCACCUAUUCGACAUGAUCAUCAUUAACAACGACACGGAGCGCGCCUACCACCAACUGCUGGCCGAGAUCAACUCGCUGGAGCGCGAGCCCCAAUGGGUGCCCGCCCAGUGGGUGCACAACAAUCGCGACGAGUCAUAAUGGGGUCAUCAGCACCCCCUACCACUACACUACCACCUACCCUAGGAUCCACCACCCAAGAAAUGAAUACCAACCCAAACUCUUUGUAAAUACAAUUUUCAAUUGAGCCAUUAUGCGGAGAGCAGGAUCGAUUCCAGUCCAGUAGUUCGGUUUGCCUGCCGAUGCGAUUAAAACCCUACCCCUCCAAUAUUAUAUAUAAAUACAUAUACUUAUACUAUUCGUUGCACAUGUGCAUUUUAGUCUUAGAGAGAACGAGUUUUUAUUGUGUGUACCCCUGUUUUAAAAGCAUUCCAACCUCUUUAUGUAUGUUCACAAAAUUUGCUGUUCGAUGAACCGAUUUCGGGAAUGCCACAGAGGACUGGUAACUGAAAUCAGUGAUUUUUAAACCCAAGUGCUUCUUGUGUCAUUUCCGCUCUUUUUUUUACCACUACCACUAACUUAUAUAUUGUAAAAGUAUGUUUUUUUUUUUUGUAUUUAAAUUAAGCUUGGACACUUCCUUAAUUUCAAAGGGCAAAUUGAAAUUGUAAAAUAACGAACCAGCAAAGGAAGGCCAGAAUCGAUAUGAUAGUACCCUAGUACCCAAUAAAAUGUGUAAUAAUACCCAUAAGUGACUCCGAAUGUUAACAGAGCCAGAACAAUCCGUAGGCAGCUGUGCGAGGGGAGAUCGAUCCGAAGGAUGUAGAUUCACAUUCAGAUUCAGAUUCAAAUUCAGCUGCAGAAUCAGAAAAUGACAGAGAAACCGAAUCAGAAGCAGAUACCGAUGCAAGUGUUGCAAUUACGUAAUCUAUUUACUUUAUAAAAUAUAUACUAUAUGGAUAUACAUACACAUAAAUUAUAAAUCGAAGCGUACUUAAUACAAUUCAUUUUUAACAAAACGAAUGCAAGAGCAAAGUGAAAAAUAAAAAUAAAAUAAAAACCGUUCAUAAGAGAGAAACAACAAAAUCAGUAAGUCAUUGCCAAAAAACAAAAAUAAAAAACGAAGAAUUAAAUAAAUUGGAGUUAGACGAGGAGAGUUAGGAGAAUCACUUAGAAAAACCACUCCACGAGCGAAAUUGUUAAAAACAAAAACGGAAACGAAAAAACAAAAUAUUUAGCCAACUUUAAGCACUGUAAGAUAAUGGAAAACCCAAUAAACGAAUGCAAAUAGUAAGCCGGCAAGAAAAUGAUUUAGGCUAAGGCAUCAGAAAGAAAAACAAAAUCGAUAAACGACAAAACAAAGUAAUUCCCAAGUAAA